AUGGCGAAGGAGCUCACUCACAUCGCAUGGGACCCCCAGGGCCACGUGCUCAGCGUGGGCACCGCCAAGGGUAACCUCCUCCUCUACGACACCAGGAUAGGCAAGACCAUGAGUAUCAUGGGCAAGCACACCAAGGGAAUCACGUGCGGCGCCUGGAGCGCCGACGGGCGGCUCGCCCUGGGAGGGGACGACAAGCAGAUCACCGUCAGCCUCGGCAACGGCGACACUGAGUUCCAGCUCGCCGUCAAGGACAAGCCCAAGGAGCUCCAGUUCGCCCCGGAGGCAUCCUCGGGAGGAUCCUUAGCCGCGACGAAACGACUUAACCAGAUCAGCGCGACCCUCUUGGGAGGUCUGUCGUCGAUAUACCUGUACAGGUUGGGCGAGUUUGGCGAGGACCCACCGGAUAUUCGCAACCCGGCUGAGCUCAGGUUUGACCCAUACUACGGCAAGAUCAAAUCCCAUCACUGGGCAGGAGCCGGAUACCUCGUCGUGUGCUUCGACAGCGGCCAGUGCGUGCUGUGCAGGAUGGAGGGCGGCGAGAUGGAGCAGGAGCUGUGCAACUUACAGCCCUUCACGGGUGCCGCGGCGAUGGCGAUGAAGACGGCGUUUUGCGCGGAUGUAGGUCGGCUCGCGGUUUUCAGUGGCCCGACGGUGAAGAUGAUAGACGUGAGCAACGGCGAUCUGACCGAGAACACGGGCGAUGCGCUCGAGUUCAGCGUGAACUGCGAGGUGACGUGUUUGGGGUGGUCCAUGGAGGGGCAGGUGCUGACUGUCGCGACCAGCGAUGGGGAGCUGUACACGUUUCUCGCGUCGCUUCCGAACCUUUGCCGCGCGUUCGGAGACAGGUGCGCAUAUCUCACCUCGCUUCUCGAGGUUACCGUGGCGGAUAUCUCCCUGAACAAGCUGCGUGCGGUGGCGAUCGACCAGGAACCCGUGUUUUUGGCCCUGGGCCACCAGCACGUCGCGGCGGGCAUGAACAACCAGGCUUGGUUCUACCGCGUGGGACCCCCGGAGGAGGGUCUGGAGUAUCCCCCGGAACGGGUGAACCAGCGCGAGUACAUGGGAAGCGUGGAUGAGGUGAGCAUGAACGAUACGCUCGCGGCGGUGAGGAGCGAGGGGCGGGUCAACGUGCACGUCAUCGAGCAUAACGAUGACCCGACGGAGAGCAUGGAUUUUCAGCUCCCGGCGGCGGACAUAACUUCGGCGGCGAUGACCCGGGAUUUCCUCGUGUACGGCACCGCGUCCGGAAAUAUCGUGUACUACUAUCUCCCCGGAAAGACCGCGGUAUCGGAAUACAGGCACGAGGUCGAGGGUGUGGAGUGUGGCAUCGUCAAGGUUUACCCCAAUCAGCUCGGAACCCGAUGCGCAUUCAUCGGGUUUGACGGCGUCGCCAUGGUUUAUAACCCGGUUUCCAACCAGUCUUACCCCAUGCCCGAAGUUGGGAGCACCGUGCAGGCGAUUCUGUGGGACGUCCACGACCCCAACACGGUCGUCGUGGCGACCGGCGCGGAGUUUCAGGUGUACACAUUCGCCGACGUCACCAUCAACGGGUCGAUGGUGGAGGCUGUCGGGUCGCACCCGCAGAUGCCGGGCGCGUUCCCGGUGCUGUUCUCGCUCGGUAAGGUGACGUGCCAGGUUCCCGGCGGCAGGAUACACACGGAGCUGUUGUCCACGCACGCGCCGCUCGUAGACCCCGAGCGGCCCACGAACGGCGACCGGGGCCGCGAUCGCUUCGUAGCGGCGCUUAACAUGAACCGGCUGCAGGACGCGUGGGAGGUUGCCGCGCAGAUGCAGAUGCCGGAGAUGUGGGAGCAACUAGCGCACAGGGCGAUGACUCACAUGGAGAUUGAGUUCGCCAUUAGGGUGUACCGGUUCGUCGGGGACGCGUCCAUGGUGAUGUCGCUGGAGAGGCUGGAGCACAUAGAGGACAAGGACAUGCUCGCGGGGAACAUCCUGAUCCUCUUCGAACGGGACGAUUGUUACGACAUGGCGCAGGAGUUGUUCCUUCGAAGCGGCCGGCCUCAGGCGGCGCUCGAGAUGCGCAAAGAUCUGAAGCACUGGGAGGAGGCCUUGGAGCUCGCCAAGACGGCGGAUCCGGGCCAAUUGGACGACAUAUGCCGGGAGUACGCUGGAGUCCUCGAGUCUCGGGGUGAACACGACGCCGCUUUGGAACUGUACGAGCGCGCGGUCAAGUACCCGGACCAGAGCGAUAAGGAGCUGGCGCGGGGCAACGCGGGGAUCGCCCGGUGCCUGCUGCACCUGGGCGACGUCCGCCGGGGUAAGAUCAUCGCGCUGGACAGCGGCUCCGAGCAGCUCUGCCGCGAGUGCGCGGAUAUCUGCGAGAAGCUGCAGCAACACGAGGAUGCGGCUCAGUUGUACGAACGGGGCGGCGAAUACGAGAAGGCUGCGGCGAUAUACAUCGACACCAAGCUCUUCCAUCUCGCCCGGCCCAUCAUGCAGAAGGUGUCCACGCCCAAGUUGCACGCGAGGUACGCCAGGGCGAAGGAGAACGAGGGGAAGCUGAAGGAGGCGGCGGAUGCCUACGAACUCGCCAGGGACUUUGACAGCGUCGUGCGUCUGCAGCUGGAGCACCUGGGGGACCCGGACAAGGCGUUCGCGCUGGUUCGCAUGUCGCGGAGCGUGGACGGCGCGCUCAUGUGCGCCAAGUGGUGCAAAGGGGAGGGCGACGCCGCCGCCGCGAUUGAAUUUUUGCUCAUCGGGAGAAAGGUGGACGAGGCGUUUCAGCUCGCGCGAGAACGCGGCGAGAUGGACCUGUUCGUCACCUCGCUGGGCGACGGCGGCACGCCCGAGGAGUACCGAAGGCUCGCGAAAUUCUUCGAGAACGAAAACGACCGCGCGCGCGCCGGGGACAUGUACGCCGCGUGCGGCGAACGCGCCGCUGCCGUCGGGGCGUACCUUCGAGACGCGGACAAGCCGGGCGUCUUGGAUAAGGCCAUCGACGUCGUCGGCGAGGCGAGGGACGAUUCGCUGACGUCGACGCUCGUCGACUACCUCAUGGGCGAAUCCGACGGCGUGCCCAAGGAUGCGAAUUACCUGUUCAGGCUGCACAUCGCGCUCAGGGACUACGACGCGGCGGCGAAGACCACCGUGCUCAUCGCGCGGCAGGAGCAGGAGAUGGGCAACUACAAGAUGGCGCACCGGCAGCUCUUCGACGCGCAUCGCGAGCUGACGGGCGAGGGGCGGCGACCGCCGCCGGAACUCACCGAGUCGCUCAUGCUCCUGCACUCCUACGCGCUGGUGAAGCUCAGGGUUAAGCGGAAGGAUCACACCGGCGCGGCGAGGUUGCUGCGCAGGGUGGCGAGCAGCAUCGACAAAUUCCCCGCGCACGUGGUCCCCAUCCUCACCUCCACCGUCAUCGAGUGCCAGCGCGCGGGUCUGAAGAGAAGCGCCCUGGAGUUUGCCACGCGGCUGAUGCAGCCCGAGCACAGGAAACAGAUCGCGGAGGCGUACAAGCGCAAGAUCGAGACCAUCGUUCGCAAGCCGGACAGGACCGAGGCGGAGGCGGAGGCGUCGCCGUGCCCCAUGUGCGACGCGACCGGGUCCGAGUGGGACCUGACGUGCGACAGCUGCAGCGGCGUCAUCCCCUACUGCGUCGCCACCGGGAAGAGGGUGCGAGUUGGUGAGUGGGCCAGGUGCCCCGAGUGUCUGUUUCCGUGCAACGCCGGAGACUAUGUCGACGUCGUCGCUCAGGAGAAGGCGUGCCCGAUGUGCUCGCGGGAGGUGAGCCUGAGCGCGGUUCAUCCCCUGGACGACCCGCUCGCGACGAUCGGUCGCGGGUCAAAGGUGAUGAACGAGGCGAACGGCGUGCACGGCAUGAACGAGGAGUGA